AUGCCACCGCCGCCCAUUCCUCCAAAUCCUCCUGGCAUUCCGCCUCCUCCCAUAGACGAGAAUCCGAAUGGAGAGCCACCUCUGGAACUUCUGAACCCGCCAGUAUCACCACCGAACAUCUCCUCGAAUCCACCAAAUUGGUUGAAUAGAUUGAAGGCAUCUGCCUGCGAGAACGUACGGCCACCGGCACCACCAAAGCCUCCGCCAGAUGUUCCGCCAGCUCCGCCAAAUGGACUGCCUCCAGCUGGGGCAUUUCCACGAGCAGCUUCUAAACCGUACUGA